AUGAAACGUGUCUUAGAAACAUGUGAAAAACGUUUUCAAGAUUUAACGGGAUUCCGUACAUCGACAGCUAUUUUCAUGGCUACCACAUCAUCAUUUCAUGAUCAAAAUUCGUCUCGGGGUAGUCUUCUAUUUGGAAAAACGCAAUUAUUACCAUCACGUAUAGAUAGAAAUUUUGAACAAUAUCUUGCCGACCAUCAUGUUCAACGAUCACAUCUUAAAUUACCUUUAAUUAAACCUGCUGGACAAAAACGACAUAUCAAAACGACAAUUAAACCCGAUGAAUAUAUGAACAGUAGAAGAAUAUCAUUUGAUAGAGCAUUUUUACAUAAUUCAACAGCAUUGUCUCAUUCUCUAGCAUCACCUUGGAAUAUAAAUGAAAAUGAUAAUAUUUAUCCACAACAAUUAUCACCAAUUAAUUCAAUUUUAGUCAAUAAUGAAAAAUAUCGUCGUUCUCAUGCAAAACUUAUUGAAUAUAGACAACAAAGUAAAAUACAAGGUAUUUAUAUACCAAAAGCAGAUAUGCAACUAACAAACAAUCAAAAUAAUAAUACUCCGAGUACAUUAGCAGUACGAGACGCUAUUGAUAAUAAAACAAAACAAGAACAGAAUUUUGGUGGUGAUGAUGAUCUUGUUGAUGAUGAAUCAACUAUAAGUAUUGAUGGUCCUCAUAGAGCAAAAACGUGGGUUAGAGAACAUCAAUAUUUUUUCACUGAUUAUCAAUAA